UUAUAGAAUACUUGAGAUGUUAUGAAAUGCCAAAUGUGACUGAAAUGAACAGAACAUUUCUAAAGUGGUUAUUUUGAGUAAUUUGCCACUUUUUUAUUAUUAAUUUUAAUAAAAACAACCUUAUGUUAUUAUUUAUUUUCACACAAAUGAUGUUGCUGCAUCAAUAUUCAAUAAAAAUAAAAAUAAAAAGCACAUUUUCCUUAAGGUGUGCCUUUUGCCUAGCUGUACCCUAUACUAAGUGUUACAUGCUAAAUACUAAAUUACUCUUUUAGUAGAACUAUUAAUGGGCUUUACUAAAUAAGUUAUUAGGUGUACAUACAGUAGUUGAUUAUGGAGCCUUGUGUAAUUUCACAGUAACAUGAAGAUGAACUUAUGUUUUCAUUUCACUUACAUGUAGCCAUACAUUUCAAAAAUGAUGUUGAACAGAAAUAGAUAUAGAAAAGAAAAUAAUAGAAAUAAAAUAGAAUGAAUGGUUAGCUUGAACCAUUAAAUUAAAGUAUGUCGAAAAUAUAUCCUUAUGCAUAGCAUAAAACUGUAUGGCUCCAUUUGACCCCAUGUUCAGUGAGUAGUGUUUCCCUAAUUGCAUUAAUGUCAUGAGUUGUGCAUCCCACGUGUUAGUUUCUCGUCUUAUCCCCUUAUCACGACGGGACCACCAACACAGGGCAACAUCCUCCAUCCAGGCACUUCUCUCUGCCUCUAAACCUUAAAAAGGCUUUUUAGCAUUUGCUUUGCCUAGUCUCUGGAAAACAUCUGAAUCAUUUUAACUAACUCCAGCUGUCGCCCUGUUGUGGGUGUGUUAGAAAGUGAGUGCAUGGCCGUAUCUGAAUGAGAGGAGACUCGCGCGAGGGUGACGUUUAGAUAACAAAAAAAAAAAAAAAAAAAAAAAAAAAAAAAAAAAAAGAAAGAAAGAAAGAAAAAGUUUGGAUAUAUUUGCGUCUGUUUUUUCUCGGUAUGAACGCAGAUACGUGCGUCUCAUACUGCGAUAUGACAUCCAUGGAUUCAUAUUAUUCGCCACCAUCGGGGCAAGGAAGAAUCCAGCAGGCCAAUCCUUACAGGACAUUCCAGCAGAGUGACUUGAAAUAUAGUCCCACUUUUCUGCCAGGCAAAGGUCAAGUUUACGGGGACAAGCCGAGGAGCCCUUUCCAGCAGGAGUGCCAGUCACUGGAUGAUGGCACACAAGAGAGUGCUUAUAAGUACCAUCUAUUCAUGCAAAGACCCACAUCCAAAACUCCCCCCGAAGACAGCAAACUCCACCAGGUCGGCGCACUUAUCUCCUGCUAUGGUAAAGACGGCACUGGACUGACAGACACAGAGUUGCCUCAAUCUGCCGAUCCCACAGGUAUGGAUAAUAGUUACAUCGAUGUGAAAGACUCUGGAGUCAAAGGCCCUUCAGAGCAUCCUGUCUCUGAGCUUGGCAGUCCUCUGAACAAAAGUGAACCUGAGAGCAACAAAGGCAAGAAGAGAAGAAAUCGUACCACUUUCACCAGUUACCAACUGGAGGAGCUGGAGAAGGUUUUCCAGAAGACACACUACCCAGAUGUCUAUGCCCGGGAGCAGCUGGCUCUCAGAACGGAUCUCACAGAAGCAAGAGUGCAGGUGUGGUUUCAGAAUCGUCGUGCUAAAUGGAGAAAAAGAGAACGCUUUGGUCAGAUGCAGCAAGUUCGGACACACUUCUCAACAGCCUAUGAGCUGCCUCUUACAAGACCAGAAAAUUAUGCACAGAUUCAAAAUCCAUCAUGGCUAAGUGGCAGCAGUACAGCCUCACCAGUGUCUGGCUGUGUUGUACCCUGUGACACAGUAGCAUCCUGCAUGACCCCUCACCCUCACUCUGCUAGUGGCUUGUCUGAUUUUCUGGGUAUGCCCAGCCCUGGUGGGAACAUGGGACAAACGCACAUGGGCAGCCUUUUUAGCAAUCCGGGAGUGGGUGGAACCAUGAAUAGCUUUGAACUCAACGCUGAACCAGAUCGCAAAUCCUCCAGCAUCGCCAGCCUGCGCAUGAAGGCAAAGGAACACAGUGCAGCAAUCUCAUGGGCCACAUGAUGCUCUCAUCUGGGACACAGAGGACCAGAUGACCUCAGCCCUGAGCUGUCAGCACAAAAGAGGUGAAAGUUUAUGCCAUCUGGAGCCAAUAUGGACAAGAGAAAUGGAUACAAGCAGACUUACAAUACUCUGCUUGAAGAAACCUUAAUUUUUUUUUUUUUUUACAUUUUAGAGGAUGUGAAUGGUGCAGUGGGACAGGGUGUUUAAAUGUGAGGAAACUGAUGGGCCAGUUACAAAAUGAAGAUUGUUUUAUCAAGAAAAUGACUUCUGCUGGACCACCAUCAAAAAAAUAUAUCAGUAUCUGUAACCACACAUAAAGGGUAAAAGUUGACUUUACAAGGGGUUGUGUGUAAAUAAGUGGUGGAAUGUCAAAAGUGGCACAGUGUUCACUCACAUAAAUAAGUGGCAAUGUUCUAAACACUCCAAAGUCAAAGUCUGAGCUCAAUCAGACUGCUCCAUUUAGAAAAUGUAACUAAAUAAAACAUCUUAUUUGCACUUAGCUACAUGAAAACAUGCUUGACCAAAAUUUUCACAUUUCACAAUUUUAUCUGAUUUUUGAAUGAAAUACCUGCAGGACACACUGCUUUAUUGCUUGGUUUAAGUGAGGCUCAAGAAGGCGUCUCUGGCAUCAGUUCUUAUGCACUAGUCUUAAACAGCUCUGUUAGGAUAAAGCAGAAUAUGGAUGCUGUUGAAAAGACUAGUACUGCUGGUCUCCAGUAUAUUUUGUGCUUUGAAGAGCCUGAUCUCAUAAAAAAAACAAAAAAAAAACAUGACGGUGGCGUAAUUUUUGCAAAAUUAUAUAACGUGGCUCCUUACGCAACAUGAUCACAUGGGAAGUUGCCAUGUUGCUUGCAAAUGUUCCGGUACCCUGGCUGACAUCGGCCCAUAAUGCAGAGUCACUGACAAGCGCCAUCUCCCAUUCGACAUUUUUGCAUCAGUUCAAGUGUGCUUACUGUCUCCUGUGACACGACUGAAACUAGAAAGUAAUAGUGUUUUCAUAAUCAGUGACGAGUGUGAUUUGGAGGUUCUAUUUUCACACUAACCUUACAUAUUGACUCCAUUGACAGUUAGGUAUAGGUUUGGGGAUAAAGUUAAAAAAAUAUGUAAAAAUACGAAAAAAAUAUUUACAGCUGAAAACAACUUGCUUUACAACUCGCUUUUGGCGCCCCUCUGUGGGCAUUUCACUCAGAAAAUGGAGCUCACACGUGCUCUUACAUUAAAAAACGAAUUCCACCUCGGCCACUGGGGGCAGUGCUUCAAAUUUUGGUAAGCACAGACCGAGUUUAGAUCAAGAAAAGUUAACCUACUGUUUCCAAAUUCAAUGUACACGUAUCGCGGCAGUUUCAAGGUGAAAUGUCCGCUGAGUGGCACUAACAGUGAGUUAAAUUUUCUCCAGGAUGGAUGAGGUUUUAAAGGUUAAUGCUCUGUUGAGUUUUAAAUCAACAAAACCCAGCUCCCUACCCUAACCGAUAGUGCCAGAAAAUGCAAAAAAGAGAUGAAAAAUGCAAUUGCUGAAGCAACUACAUAAUUUAUGGUGUCAACUUUAGUGUCAACUUGCGUGCUCUUCAGGACUUGUACCAUAGUCCUUUCCAUCACAAUUUCAAUGCUCUUUCAGUUAUGUUGAAGUGUGUAAUUUCUGCGCAACUAGCGCCACCUAACGGAAUUGAAAAAUAAACAUUUGUUUUCAAACAAAAACUGAAUAUGCCCCCCCCCCCCAAAGAUAGUCCCGUUCCCAACUCACACCAUUGGUUGAGUCAGUGUUAUUAUGUCAGUAUGGAAGGGUUGCUCAAAACAAACAGAGAACUUUUUAUGGUGCCACAGAGACAGUGUUUACAGUUUUUGAUCAAUUAACCUACAAAUGGCUUACUUACAGUUGUCUCUGCAUAUUAAGCUGGGAUAAAAGAAAGUAUUUUAACAAAGAAAAAGUUAAAACUUCAGCUUUAAGCUACUGUGCAAUGUAACUACCCCUAAACAAGCAUGUAAAUGCAACUGGUUAUGUAAUGCAAAUGUCAAAAUGCCUUACAAGUCAUGCACUAUAGUAAAAGUGUUUUGAUGUCGUAAGAUAGCAUUGUGUGAGGAACAGGGCAAAACUGAUCAUCAGACCUUUUACUCGUUUUAUGUGAAAUGAAAAUAAAAGUGGUCAUUGUAGGAUUUCACCAGGAAACGGCCACGAAACGUACAACAAGCCACAUAAAAACAUUUAGCAAAAAUUUAGGUAUUAUAACAUAUUUCUUUAAGACCAGGAAGGUUUUGAAUGCUGGUUUUGGAGAGGCAUAACCCUGGCACAGAUUUAGUAAUAGCCAGUAACUUCCUUCAAAAUUCUGUCUCCAUACUUCACUUUCUGUGUGGGAAGUUUGCAUGGAGCAGCAUGGAACCAGCUAGGCCUAUCUCAAAAAGAGCACACUAAAUAGAAAGGACACUCAUCCAUUCUACAUUAGCCAAUCAAGCACUAGGAUUGCUCAGAAGAACAGACCUUUUUCAUGUGAUAUCUACUGUGACAGUUUUGGUCAUUUGGUCAACAGGCAGAUUAUGACCUCAAGUUCCAGAAAUACUCCCUUUAAUCAUAGCCACAUUCUCUAAACCAGAGGUAAUAGGACAUUGUUUCCAGAUAAAUGUUGGAAUACUGUGCUUGUUUUGUGUUAGCAGGACAAAGCUCUAUCACUUGAGCUGGAACAUAAGCCUAACUUCAUUAAUGUUUUGGCUCAAUCUAGCAUGUUUUGCACCAUAGGGCCUUUGCGCCAGCAACAGACCUUGUGUUUAGUAUCAGUCAUGGGCUGUGCAGAGUGGGUCAUCACCCACAGGCUCUGCUUCUGAAGAGUGGGAAGAGACUCUAGGCUUGGCUGCAUUAUGGUUCAUUAGCCAGUAAUGUGUGGCAAGAGGAAACUUGAUUAGAUUUAUUUUUCUUAUGCUUUUUAUCAGAUUAGAGAGAGGUACAUUCAAGUUGUUUUAAAUUUAGAACUAAAUUAAUCCUUCAGACCCAUUUUAUGAGACCAUUUAAACAUCUAACUGAAAACCAUGCGUGUAGUACAAGUCCUGUGGCUGAAUUAGUCAAAUAAUCUGUCAGUUAUUGUCUCUUAAAAAAUAUGAAUGGCUCCUCUUCCAUAAAUCGAUGAAAGCAAAAAGCACUUUAUAGAGCUUGUGAUUGAGAGGAGCUUUAAAAAGCUUAAUUUUACUUUAAAUUUUACAUUCAAAGGUCAACUAGUCUGUCCACUUCUUUCCACAUUAAAUGCUUAGAAUCACAAAGUGAGAGAGGUCUAGUCAGUGAUAUAAGUUUUAUUUUUCUACAGCAUGGCACCAUUGCUCCUCUAUCAUUUCCUCAGUGUAAAUACUACUGAGACUUGCAGUUAAGCUUUAUUUUAUCAUCAGUUCUUUGUGUUUGUACAGCAAGCACUUUUGAUAAUAUGGUGAUGUGCUUAUUAUGUGUGUUUUAAUGAAUGAAUUUAAUGAAUGAUAUAAUUUCCUGGUUUGGUCAUUAUUCUUGAUACAUAACAUAACUAAUUUUGUUUUGUAAAAUUAUGUCUACAUUUACCCUGAAAAUAUUAUAUGAGUUUGUAUUGUAUGUCUCUGAUGUAAUGCAGGCAUUAAAGACCAGAUGAUGUUUUGAAAUAAAUUAAAUUGAGAUGGAUAUGGAAACGCUUACAACUAAAUAAACACA